CGGGAGCCCGACUCUUUCAGAUGAAAUCAGAAAUCCUCUCAACUGGUAGUCUGGUUACUGGUAGUCGUUGCGAUUGUAUUUAGUUAAGUGCACGGGGAAGUCGAGUGCUCCUUGCUGGAUAGGGUAGAAGUUCACAAACAUUAAAAUGAGGUUCCAAUGCGUUGCCCUCAUUCUCCUCAUCGUCGUAUGUUUAGCUACGGAAAUCACUGCCAAUAAAAGCAAACAUAAGAGAUACAAGAAACGACCGGCAGCCAUAUCACUCGACGAAGUCCCGUCCGAGCCCAGUUCUCCCGAACAAGCUGCAGAAGAACCCGAAGUAGCGCCUCCCUCUGAUAACGAUGUCAUCGACAACCGAGUUCCUCUUAUGGAUCCCUGCAUGGAGGUCCGCUGCGGAGCCGGCAGGAUCUGCCAAGUCAGCGACGACGGCGAGCCGGAGUGCGUUUGCAUACCCAAUUGCCCCGUAGAAACGGAAUCCCGCCGCAAGGUUUGCUCCAACUACAACGAAACCUGGUCAUCGGACUGCGCCGUGUACCAGCAAAGGUGCCUCUGCGACAAAGGCGACGCCGAGUGCAAGGGGCCCCAGUACAAGCACGUGCACAUCGAAUACUACGGCGAGUGCAGGGAGAUGCGCGAAUGUACGGAGGAGGAAAUGGCCGAUUUUCCGAGGAGAAUGCGCGACUGGCUCUUCAACAUCAUGAGGGAUCUGGCCGAUCGGGAGGAACUGACGCCGCAUUACUUGAAUAUGGCGCGCGAGGCCGAAUCGAAUUUGACUCUUAGAUGGACGAACGCGGCUGUUUGGAAGUUUUGCGAAUUGGACGGGCAUCCACCAGACAGGUCAAUCUCUAGACACGAAUUAUUCCCCAUUCGUGCUCCUCUGAUGGCUCUGGAACAUUGCAUUGCUCCAUUUUUGAAUAAAUGCGACAGUGACAACAACCAUAGGAUUAAUCUUUCAGAAUGGGCUAAAUGUCUAAACUUGGAAGAGGAAGAAAUCGAGCAUCAAUGUGAAGAACUUACAGAUGCAGAAUGAAAUAAAUAAAAUUAUUUCUAACCCCGAAGGUGCUAUAUAGUAGUUAGGAAAUAACAAGCAGAACGUGCCAUAAUAAACUCGAUUCGUGAGAUUAUUUUUUAGCAUUUUUAUUUUAUAUUUUUCCAUUAACGAGUUACUUAAAAAUAAACGUUUUUCAAAUUGG